AUGUUCCGUGUCCUGCGCGGCAGUGCGAUGUCCAAAGCUGACAAGGAGGGUCGCGAACCAACUGCGGAGUACAUGGUCAAACACAUGUCGGGUGAACCGGGGUUUAGCCGCACACACAUUGUGCGACAGCUUUCUGAGGAGUUUGGGGACGACACGGAGGAGAAGUUGGAGGCUUUUGAGCGAAGGAGUGCAAUGUCGGGCACGGAACUGACCUUCAUCGAGUCCAUGAGCAGGGGCUUGAACGCAGUGGGCCCGCGCCUCGACUCGAAGUACUUCAAAGCUUGA